AAGUGAGUCGACGGCGCCCGGACGCCGCGGUGAGGGCCAAUCAGAGGGCGUGACGUCAGUUUGGCGGGGAGUUUGGUGGCCGGGGCUUACAGUGGCGGGAGUUGGAGGCUACAACUAGUCCUUUAAGAAGGACCCAAGCCACGGCUUCUGCUCCACCUGGGGGCAUUUCUACGACUUUUCUCUCAGUUGUGCCUUUCUCCCCGGCCCAGAUGCUGUUCAAUUCGGUGCUCCGUCAGCCCCAGUUUGGCGUCCCGAGAAAUGGAUGGUCUUCACAAUACCCUCUACAGUCCCUUCUAACUGGUUAUCAGUGCAACUCUAAUGAUGAGCACACUUCUUAUGGAGAAACAGGAGUCCCAGUUCCCCCUUUUGGAUGCACUUUCUCUUCUGCUCCCAAUAUGAAGCAUAUACUAGCAGUUGCCAAUGAAGAAGGCUUCGUUAGAUUAUAUAACACAGAAUCACAAACCUAUAGAAAGAAGUGUGUUAAAGAAUGGAUGGCUCACUGGAAUGCUGUCUUUGACCUGGCCUGGGUCCCGGGUGAAUUUAAACUUGUUACAGCAGCAGGUGAUCAAUCAGCCAAAUUUUGGGAUGUAAAAGCUGGUGAGCUGCUUGGAACAUGCAAAGGUCAUCAAUGCAGCCUCAAGUCAGUUGCCUUUUCUAAGUUGGAGAAAGCUGUCUUCUGUACAGGUGGAAGAGAUGGCAACAUUAUGGUCUGGGACACCAGGUGCAACAAAAAAGAUGGAUUUUAUAGGCAAGUGAAUCAGAUCAGUGGUGCUCACAAUACCUUAGACAAGCAAACCCCUUCAAAACCUAAGAAGAAACAGAAUUCAAAAGGACUUGCUCCUUCUGUGGAUUCCCAGCAGAGUGUUACUGUGGUCCUCUUUCAAGAUGAGAAUACAUUAGUCUCAGCAGGAGCCGUGGAUGGGGUAAUUAAAAUAUGGGAUUUACGUAAGAAUUAUACUGCUUAUCGACAAGAACCCAUAGCAUCCAAGUCUUUCCUGUACCCAGGUAGCAGCACUCGAAAACUAGGAUACUCAAGUCUGAUUUUGGAUUCCACUGGCUCUACUUUAUUUGCUAACUGCACAGAUGACAACAUCUACAUGUUCAAUAUGACUGGAUUAAGGACUUCUCCAGUGGCUGUCUUCAAUGGACACCAGAACUCUACCUUUUAUAUUAAAUCCAGUCUUAGUCCAGAUGACCAGUUUUUAGUCAGUGGCUCAAGUGAUGAAGCUGCCUAUAUCUGGAAGGUGUCCACGCCCUGGCAUCCUCCAACUGUGCUCCUGGGUCAUUCUCAAGAGGUCACAUCUGUGUGCUGGUGUCCAUCAGAUUUCACAAAGAUUGCUACCUGCUCUGAUGACAAUACACUGAAAAUCUGGCGCUUGAACAGAGGCUUAGAGGAGAAAUCAGGAGAUAAACUCUCCACAGUGGGUUGGGCCUCUCAGAAGAAAAAAGAGGCAAAAGCUGACCUAGUAACAGUGACAAGUAGCCAGAGUACUCCUGCUAAAGCACCCAGAGUAAAGAGCAGUCCAUCUAGUUCCUCCCCUUCCUCAGCAGCCUGUGCUCCAAGCUGUGCUGGAGACCUCCCUCUUCCUUCAAAUACUCCCACAUUUUCUAUUAAAACCCCUCCUGCCAAGGCCCGGUCUCCCAUUAGCAGAAGAGGCUCCAUCUCCUCUGUCUCUCCAAAGCCACCUUCAUCUUUCAAGAUGUCCAUUAGAAAUUGGGUGACCCAAACACCUUCCUCAUCACCACCCAUCACCCCACCUGCUUCUGAGACCAAGAUCACAUCUCCAAGAAAAGCCCUCAUUCCUGUGAGCCUGAAAUCAUCCCAGGCAGUGGCUUGCUCUGAGUCUAGAAAUCGAGUAAAGAGGAGGCUAGAUUCAAGUUGUCUGGAGAAUGUGAAACAGAAGUGUGUGAAGAGUUGCAGCUGUGUGACUGAGCUUGAUGACCCAGUUGAAAAGCUUCAUUUGGAUCUGUGCUGUCUUACUGGUAACCAGGAAGAUCUUGGUAAGGACUCUGCAGGUCCUACCAAAUCAAGCAAGAUUGAAGGAGCCAGUAUGAGUGUCUCGGAGCCUCCUUCUCCUGCCAGUCCUUAUGCUUCAGAAGGCUGUGGGACACUCUCUCUUCCUUUGGGGUCUUGUGGAGAAGGGUCUGAAUUGGUAGGCAAAGAGAAUAGCUCCCCAGAGAAUAAAAACUGGUUAUUGGCCAUGGCAGCCAAACGGAAGGCUGAGAAUUCAUCGCCACGAAGUCCAUCAUCCCAGACCCCCAAUUCCAGGAGACAAAGUGGAAAAACUUCUCCAGGCCCGGUCACCAUUACUCCCAGCUCUAUGAGGAAAAUUUGUACAUACUUCCAUAGAAAGUCCCAAGAUGACUACUGUAGUCCUGAACAGUCAACAGAAUUAUAGAUCCUAAUCUGAGUAAGUUAACUGAAAUUUGGUCAUUAAAACAAGAUAAAAAUACAACAGAAUGAUUCUAUAACUCUGGUCUCUAAGAAAGCUGCCACUUUUUUCAUUUUUAGAGACAAUCCUUUUCAACUGAAAUUUACCUAGUCUGGUUCUACUACCUUAGUGUAUAUGCAGCUUCCUCAGGAUGAAUGCUGUGUUUAAAUUUCAUAAAGUAAACAUUUUCAAUAAGUAGUCUUCACUUUUUUAAUUAUGCAUCUUCUCUACAAUGACAUCCCAGAUUAUAGAGGCAAAAAACAAGACUUGUCUCUUGUUACUCUUAAGACUUUCUUUGCACAGUGUAAAGCAUCUGCUGGCCAUAGCAGGAGGCCUAUCUAUGAAGGCCAACUGCUAAAGAAGUCUUCUGUUGAGACCCCAAAUCUGUGCUGCCUCGAGCUAAUAUACUUGCAUUUAAAAUAUAUAAUCUUUUCACUAUACUUUUGUUUAUUUUUUUUAAGUAUGUGUAAAAAUGUGAUGUUCAAAUAAGUACAUUUAUAUUGAUUUAGCAUGUGAUUAAAUGAUACAGUCCUUUUAGUUAAAAAUCAUCUUUAUUUUAAAAGCAGUCAACUCUUUGGAGAAA